AUGGCGUCCACCACUCGGAUGGUUCGAUGGCCGACUGCCCCCCUUGAGAACCACAGAUCAUCCGCCAAGGGAAAGAAAGAGAAAGUUCGUGUUGGCAGGACCAUCAUUUCCCCUCUCCAGCGGGAUAGCAUAGGAAAGAUGGGCAGUUUGGGCCAGUCAAAGGGCUUCAAAGCAGCAAAAUCUGAAGAGGCGGCUCCUCCAUCGAAAUGGCAAGGCAAUAUGUCCAGUGCCGAUAGCCAAUCUUGGCAAUGGGCCAAAACUUUCUGGCCGUUCAUCCCACGGCGCAACGGCACUGGGGUCCCCAUCAUCGGCCCCGCCUCAAAUCCACCAACAUCAUCUGCAUCAGAGAGACCAGGAAGCCCAGGGCCAUCCCAGAGCGUGCUUGGGGAAGGAAGCUUUGGCCAGGCACCGUAA